AUGGCAAUGUCACCCUGGUUCACUCCUCGUCGCGCCACUGGUCCACCAAGAAACCCAGCUCCGCCAUGCACCCAAGAGCUACUCGACCAAGUCCGCCGCGACCUUGCUCUGCGCUUCCGCAACCUUCAAGACUCGAUGCCAGAGUCGAAGGCUGAGAAGAAAGAACGCGCCGUGUUCCUUGUCGUCGCAAUCCUUGCUGUCAAGAACAAACUCCUCGCCGACGCUGAAAAGCGCAAGGACAGCGAGACUGUCUGA